GUGGAGCAUUGGACAUAAAGUACAUAACACUAGUGUUCUCUGAUCUGUUCCGCUACCAGGAAAUCUCUCCCUGUGCUGUACUGUACAGUUAAGAUCAGCAGAGGUGUUCAAGCUGGAGUCCUCUUGAUUUUAAAGUGAAGAAGCAGUUGACAGGCAAAAGCAACAACUAUUAAAGAAGCUCUAGCCAGAUGGGAGGAAAAAAACGGCCAGAAGGCAUCAGAGGCCAAGGAGGUGAAACUAUAUGCCCAAGUUCCUCCUGUAGAGAAGAUGGAUGCAUCUCUGUCCACACUUGUUAACUGCGAGAAGUUGUCUCUGUCUACAAACUGCAUUGAAAAAAUCGCCAACCUGAACGGCCUAAAAAACUUGCGGAUUCUUUCAUUGGGGAGAAACAACAUAAAGAACCUGAAUGGGCUGGAGGCAGUUGGAGAUACAUUAGAGGAACUGUGGAUCUCCUACAACUUAAUUGAGAAGCUGAAGGGCAUCCAUGUCAUGAAGAAGCUGAAGAUUCUCUAUAUGUCCAAUAAUUUGGUGAAAGAUUGGGCAGAGUUUGUGAGACUGGCGGACUUGCCAUUACUGGAGGAUCUGGUGUUUGUGGGCAAUCCACUGGAAGAGAAAUACUCUGCCGAUCAGCAGAGCAGCUGGGUCGAGGAAGCAACCAAACGAGUGCCUAGGCUGAAAAAACUAGAUGGUGUCCCGGUUAUUAAACAAGAAGAAGGUGAAGAAGGAGAAAACUAACACAACUCUUUCUUGUGUGGUAUUAUAUUAUUUAAGUUUCUUCAGAGCAAUUCAGCACACAAAGCUUUUGUAUAAAUGUUUGUUUCAAAGAAAAUCUAUGGACAAUUUUUUUUUAACUAACUCCUCUCCAUACUCUCCUUUCCUCACCCAAAGAGUUAAUUACCAAAACAUGGGGACACUAACUUUGUACAUUUCAUGUGCUCUUCUGUGAGGACUAUUGAAAGUGAGAUUGUCUGUCUGAUUAAUGUAAUGAGAGACCUUAACUAAAACUACAUACUGAUUUUUAUCCCAAUUAGUGAUGAUUGUAGAUCUGUCUUUCUGGUUAUGAUAGAACUGUUUUUCUUGUUAACUGUGCAGCUGAACUUUUUUUUUUAAUCAUUUGAAACAUGGAAACCAGAACAACAGUGUUUUGUUUUACACACUCUUUGCAGGCUAGGCUUUUUGUUAUUUUUUAAUACUGUCACGGGUAGAAACAGUUACUAACUGUAACUGGUUCUUCGAGAUGUGAUGCAGAUGUGUGUGCGCACUCAGCGCCGAGCCUUUUGCCUAGCAGUACCUGUAGAGGGGCAGCAUUUGCGUCUUGUGGCUGUGGGCCCUCCCCAUGCUAUAUGAGGCGAAGCCAUCCCGACCCCCCUCAGUUCCUUCGCACCAAAAGCCUAUGAGAGGAGACUCCGAUGCAGAGGGAAUAGAGGGUGGGUCGUAGAAUACACGCCUGCAUCACAACUCGAAGAACCACAGUUACAGUAAGUAAUCAUUUCUUCUUCUUCAAAUGGAUGCAGACAAGUAUUCUGCUUUGGUGACUUCUAAGAAAGCACCCCAAUCUGGAACCGGGGCUUGGAGUCCACUGCAGUAGGGAUUGUUUUUAAAUCUUCCGCCCUUCUGAGGCCUUUGUUCCCUUUGGAAGAUGCAGUAGUAGCAUAAUGGUCCAUAAAUGUAUGUGUGGACAACCACGUGGCCACCCUGCAAAUGUCCACUAUGGAAAUGUCACUGAGGAACGCUAUGGACAGCACUUGCACCUUCAUGGAGUGAGCCCGUAUCCACGGAGGAGGUGUAGCCGAAGCUAUCUCAUACUCCGUCUUGAUACAGCAUGUUAUCCAUCUAGAGAUGGUCUGUGUAGGGACCACUUGCCCGUUCAUGAAGGCUGCAUGUGACAUGAACAGGCGAGGUGAAGUAUGAACCGGUGGUCCUGUCGAGAUAAAAGGCUAGACAUCGCCUGACAUCCAGAGAAUGGAGAUGCAGUUCUUCUGGGGAAGAGUGCGACUUAGGAAAAAACACAGACAGUGAGAAGGAACUGAGGGGGGGUUGGGCGGUGCCACCUCAUAUAGUCAGGGGAGGGGCCACAGUCACAAGGUGCAUGCGCUGUCCCUCUACAAGUACUGCUCGGCAGAAGUCUGUGGUCCAGCGUGCUAGGCACACACACACACCGAAGUGGAAUACACGUCUGCAUUUACUCAAAGAAGAAUCACUACUCCUCAACACUUCAAGAACGUGAGAGGCUGUCUUUUCUGCCCUUCUGAGCUCUGCCAGUUAUCUGUAGUUCGGUAGGCCCAGUAGUUGUCAUGGGCUCAUGUUAGAAAAGGCAGUGAAUGGUCUAAUGAUCUCCUGUCAUUAGCAGUGGACCUAUAACUGAUCAUCUUGAACUGCACUGGAACUCAAAACUUCAUUACUGAGAAGGCCACGACUACCUUUUGAUAUAUUUGUUUUUAAAUGAAGCAAUGGAAACUCUUUGCAUAGUUUUUGGUGGAAUUUAAGUACUUAUUGUUUUUUUCUUUACAUUGUUAUAAGAAAUUAGGCACUUUAGAUUUGAAUACAUAGACUUUUACUAGCCAAUAGCUGGCUUGUGGUACUAGCCGGAGAAUGACUUUCUUUUUAGCUGACUGAUUAAUGUAGUCCUUCACAGCUCUGGAAUAUUCUACUAAACUAAGGAGGUUGAUAGCUGUUCAGAAAACAAAAGACCUGGACUUGAAGGUAUUUUUAUAAGCUUUGAUGGGGGGUAUGCAUUUGUUUCUAAAGCACAGAUGUAGGCAGCUGAAUGAAAGGUUUAGGUAGCUGCUGGGGAAAGGACAGAAGAGAUUAGAAGUAGGAAUUGGAAAAUAAAUAUUGAUAAAGAGCUAAAUUGCUUUGCCACAUGGUGACAUCUUAGUGAAGUCCCCAGAUGUGACAAGUAAAUCCUUUUUAAAUGAAAUGAAUGAAAUGAUGAUUAGAGAAAGCACCACUGACCCCUAGAAAAUGCAUAAAAUGACCUAAACAGGCCUUUUAUCAGCUCAGAUUGCUAAAGUUCUGGGUUUACUUUCCUAUUCCUGGUACCAAUUCAGUUUAAUCAAAUUAAAAUGUCAGCAAUGAGCAUAUUGCUGUAUGAGGAGCAGAAUGAGUGUGGGAGAGAAGUAGAACUUCAUUCGUAAUUUGUCUUGUGUUUCUAAAGCUGAAGCUGUGGUUGGAUUUUUGGAAUCCAUACUCAAAGGUAGGAAAGUGGUGAUGCAGUUGGCCCCAGGCAAUAGCAGUAUUCAGCUCCUGUUAUGGUAGGCAGUACCAUUACUUUCCCCCAGUCUAACUCUGGUAGAGUUCCAGCUCUGACAAUCAAUUUCUAAGUGACCAGUGUGAAGUAGAAGACUACAGGCAAAGUAAUUCAAUGCUAUUAACUUAUUUAUAGCUACUCUGUACAUUCCCACAGGAAUAUGUAUGCCAUAUAUGCCCAGUAAUUGCCCGGUCAUUGCAGGUAAGACUCAAAUCUCAUUUUAGGGUCUUUUCUUCCUUUUUAAUGAACAGAUGCAGAGAGUCCUCUGCCUUUGACAGUCUUCACCUAAGAUAAAACUUUUCCAGACAGCCUGCUGUGCUGCCUUGAAUGCAGUCUGACUCUAUUCUCAGUGGUACUGUUGGUCAUCUUAUAGCCAACUUGCCAUUCAAAAGUAAUUUUCUAGGAUUGCAGUCUCUCCUGGUGAUCAGGACAAGACAGUACUGGCCAUAGACAAUACUGUUGGGAGAUGGGUAAAGUUGGGAACUUUGUAGACAGCUAACUGUUGUUACCAGGCUUGUCAUUUUGAUCCCUUUCAGCACUAAAUUCAUUGAGAGUUAGUAAUUAACAAUUCUUUGGAUAGGAGGUGGCUUUACACAUUAUUUUUAAACCCUACAUUGAUGAUAUACUCAGCCUCUGCUGCCGUCAACUCUUGUGUACAAGAACAGUAGGCUAGAUUUGUGCCCUUGAAUACUAUAGUUAAAAUAUUAGCAUUUCUCGGUGCAAGCCAAAGCCUGGGUGAGUAUGAAACCUGACUAAAUACUGCUAGCAAAUGGAAUUGCCAAGUAGGAACAGUCCUCUUCACAUAUUUUACGAACUCCUAUGGAGGGUUGAGGAGGAUUUUCAAAGUAAUCUCUUAAGGAAAGCAUCAGUCAGGUGGGACCUACUUUAGAAUUGAUUCACUCCUACUUGCUGAAAUGAAUUCCCUUCAAAAGUCUUGGUGUCCAGGUUUCCUAAAGUAACACAUUCUGAAGCUGUUUGCACAUGUGUAGCUUCAGUGCUAGUAGUAGGAGGUGGUUAACUGUAGUUUCUGUAAUUCCUUUAGAGCGCUGCGUAGCACUUCCAGUUUGGGUUGUUUGCUGCAGAGCCAUGACCAGAGCACAGCUAGCAAAAGUGACUCUGUUAGAGAAGUAUGCCCUCAGGCACACUGAGCUUUGAGGCUGCCUCUGGCAUAUUCAUGUAAUGCUAUUGCCCUCUGCUUUUCUUCUCCUUCUACCAAUAGUGCAUUCUCUGGCACUAGGUGGGAAGGAAGGGGUUAAGGAGGGGGGGGAAAGCAACUCCGAACAGUUGACAAUAGCUCUAAUACACAUUUGAGAAGAAUAGGCUAUCAUGUAGCCUGUGAGUAUGGCUAUCCUCAGAACAGUGGGCACAGAAGUAGCCAUUUAGCUUUGUCAUUUUAGUUAAGCAUUCACCAAUGGUAUUGAACUAGCUAUAGCCUCUUAACGUCCUUUUUUGUGGAUGAAGGGCGGGUAUGAAAAACACUUUCCGAUGCUACCCACAGUCCUGCUGGUUGAUUUAUCUCCAUGUAGAGUCAUUGUAGUGUGCAAGUACACAGGCAGCAUUUCCCAAGUCAGCGUCAACAUUUGAGAACAGACUAGAAAGGUGCAGGAGAGGGGAUUAGCACAAAACAGUGAUAUAUUGAAAAGAUUUGCAGGAUAAUCCAGGGUGAUGGUUACAGAACAAAGUGCAAUUCCUGCCGCCUCUGUCUUAAAUAUUAACAGUCUCUGUACAGCGAAGUCCAAGAGCAGCUCUUACAACCAUUAAGGAAUUGGUAGAAUUGUGCUGGCCUUUUUGUGCUGCUGCUUGUGAAUACAAUGAAAAUUCACCAUUGAUGGGGUUAGGCAGCCAAUCUCAUUGACAUUAAAGUACAUUUUAUAACACAAAAUGUAUCCUGUAAUAAAUGUGAAAUGGUAAUUUAGGUGUGGAGGGGGAGUAACAUCCUUUCUGAUAAGACAAGAACUGAAAUAUCAGACUUAUUUGAGAGUAUUUGCUAAGGAACGCACCAAAUGGGUUUCCUUUACUGUCAGCUGAAAAAGCUUUUUAUCAAAAUCAGAUUUUUUUCCCCUAACAGUUGGCAGGAAAGCCCAGCUAAAGUCUUACCUUGCCUAAUGUAUUAUGCUUACUCUUAUGAACAAAUCAAACUUUACAUUUGCAAAAUAAAAUGAAGGGGGUUGAUUUUUUUUAAAAGAAGAUUUGCACUUUAAAAAUUAUGCACUGGAUGUUGGUGGAAAGUAUGGCAGAUAUGUAGCCGUAAGGAGUGGGGCCUACCAGUUAGGAGCCUAAGUACCUUUCAGGAUCUGGGCCUAGCAGAGCAGGUUGUUGAAAGGAUUUCCUUACACUCUGAUCUUCCAUGUCUCACCACAUCUGUUAUGAUACCUAGCACCUAGUGAUUUGAUCAUGGGUGAAAGGAGCACCCAUGUAAAAUUCUCAAGCCACGUGGAAUCCUGCUUUCCCUCACAAACAUAGUGUGGUCUCUCCCCACACUUCCCCCUUUUUUUCUUCUUGUAGAAAUUUUCUACAUUAAAGCGGAGUGUCAGUAAAUGGAUGGGUGUUUCCAUGCUUGCCAACAUAUUGUCAGUCUCCAAGCAGCCAAUGCAUUCAGUAAUUACACUGAAAACUGUUGCUAGAAUGUGAGAAGGGAACUUAAAGCCAGCAGUGCUCAGUCUGUGUGUGGCUCACUCAGGUUACAUGAGGGGUACUCGUGACUAGCCCAAGCUGCUGCACAUGCCAGCACAGCCACACUGCUAUUUUUAGCAUGCUAGCGUGAGCUAAGGUAGCACUGCUGCCUAGGUUGCACUGGGAAGCAUACACCCAGCUGCAAUGCAGACAUGAGAAGUCUCCACUUCUAGAACAAACUCCAAGUGGGAGAGCAGUUUUAACACCUAGUUUGUUGGUAAUCUUUUAUAUACAAGUAAUUUUGUAGCAUGACCAAAAUGUUAAACUUGCUGUGUAUUAAGUUAUUUAGGCCUAAAUUCUAAAUGUUACUUUGUGAAGUGUGUUCAUAAAUAGUAAUAAAUGUUAUUUUAUAAAGAAAAA